CGAGAAUGAUGAAUGAUGAUGAUUACUUUUAGUGAUAUUAAAAUGAGAUCUUAUGAUCAAUACCCUUAUGAUGACAAAAAAUAUGCAAAACAAAGAUUUGGUUUGUCAAUGUAUCUGGUGAUUGCUGCAGUAUCAUUUGGUGUGCUUUUAAUUUUACUGAAUAUAUAUCAAUUGUAUCAUAUUUCUUGGCGGACAUUUGGUGACUCCCCUUUUAUUGCAAACAGCAGACAAAACCAUAAAGCUGCUUGGAUAUAUGCUAAAAAGAAUAACCAUUUAAAGCAUGUAAUUCGCAUAUUGAAAAAAGCUGGCUACUCUGUUGUGACAUCACUCGUUCCACCAUCAAGAUGGGAUCUUAUGUGGGCAUAUGAUUUCCCAUUCAGAAAAGAAUUUUUAGAGACACUGACAAAUUUGCAAUAUGAUCAGAAGGUAAAUCAUUUACCGGGAACUGCUGCGAUUACAUUGAAAGUCGAGUUAGCACGGACAAAACUUCGAUGGAUUCCUCAAGCAUUUUCAAUCCCAAAAGAAAAAGACCAAUUUAACUUAGUGGUAGAACGCAGUCCCGAAAAACUUUGGGUGCAAAAAAGUAAUAACCAUCGUGGUAUAAAGAUUGUUGAGAGUACUGAGAUUGAUCUAAAUGCUAAAGAUACAUUUGUUCAAGAAUUUAUAGAGCAUCCACUCUUAAUAGACAAGAAAAAGUUUGAUAUUGGCAUCUAUGUUGUAUAUACCUCCGUAAAUCCACUACAAGUUUAUGUAUACAAUGAUGAUAUAUUAAUAAGAUUUUGUCCUCAUGAUUACCAUCCUCUUGAUGCACAAGAUGUUGAAAAAUAUGUUGUUGGCGAUCGCUAUGUUUCAGUAGCAGAAAUGCCGUCACUUCAAAACAACUUUCAACAUGGAAAAAUGACUUUUAAAGACAGUUUAUUUUCACAUUUGAAAGAAAUUGGUUAUGAUACCAACCAGAUUUGGAAAGAUAUUCACAACUGUAUAAGUGAAAUGUUCAUGGCAAAAGCUGAGCAGAUGGAAAAAGCCUUUUUUACGUAUCAUUCUAAACAUAAUUUUUUCGAGUUGGUUCGUGUUGAUUUUGUACUCGAUGAUGCAGGGAAAGUUUGGUUAAUGGAGGUAAACAUGUCUCCAAAUCUUUCUUCUGAUACACAUCCACUGAAUGCUGUCAUGUAUCAACAGGUGGUAAUGCACACGUUUGCUUUAGCAGGUGUGACCAGUCAUCUGGAUGAUAGAUAUGAUGUUGAUAUUAAAGAUGUCAUAGCUGGUGAUCGAGACAUCACUCUUCCAAAUAAUAACUGCAAAUCUACAAAAUGUGUAAACUCCUGUGCAAGCGAGGAUUGCGUUCUUUGCAAUCAUUGUUUAACAGACGAAGUAAGAAUGUAUUUAAAGAAAGCGUUUCGAGAACAUCAAAAUAGGGGCGGAUUUCAACGCGUGCUACCUGUACCUUUGAGGCCUGUCGAAGCUGAUCCUAUCCAUGCGAACAUCGAGCCUACGUCUGGUUUAAAUAAAAUACUAGGAUUGUGGUUUAAAGCGAAAUGUAAGCUGGACUCAUCGUGGUGCCAGUAAAAGCAAAGAAGAAGAGAAAUUAAAUGCAUAACUCUCCAUCUGAGAGAUUAUAUUCUACAAAAUACUCAUGAUUUACAUGCUUUUAUUCCGUACAAUGUGUGAUAAUCAUACUGAUAUACAGGUGCAUUCUGAAAAGAAAAGAACUGCGCCAACUCGUCUGCUAUACUUUUGAAUUUCCAAGAUGGAUUUUUGUGAUUUUAAACCUAAACAUGAAUAGCUUCGCAUGUCAUAAAGUUUGUAUGUGUGGUGUAUCUCUCGUGAAAUGAUGUUGGCUUGAACAACCGGGAUGCAUCAUUCUAUUUCUUGUGUCAAAUACGGAUCUGCUCUGUAGAGAUAUAUUUCCGUGCUCAUAAGUCUGUCGUUUAUACGAAAGAAAUUGUGUGAUACAAGUUCUUGAAAGUUUCGAAUCUUUUUGCGCUAUCAGAGCGACGUUUUAAGUGAGUUUGUCUGUGUGCCAGCGUUACUGUUUCGUUCUUUCAUAGUAAUUAGUACAUAACUUCAUCUUUUAAUGUACAAAAAAUGACAAUAUUUAAGUGUAUAUUUAUAGUGAAUUGUAUUAUUAGAUGCAUUUUUCAUACGUUGUAUUUAUGUUUUGAAUUUCAAGUCAAGUAUUUUGUA